CCGCGCUCCGCCGAGCGGAGUAGAAUGAACUGUAACAAAACAAGCCGAGCCUUUGUAUCUGCUUAAAGGGGCCGCGGCCACUUCCCUCGCGUCCCCUCACCCCCGCCCCGCGCCGCCGCGUCUCCAGGGCUCCCGGCAACUAGCUUGGAAAGGGCUUCCCUCGCGCCGAGGAGCGGCCGGCCGGGCGCGGAGCAGGCGCGGCGCGUGUGGAGAAAAGCCGCGGAGCGGAGAGCGGGGCCCGGGCGGCGCCGGAGUGGACUCUGGUCCCGGGAGCGCGAUCGGCGCCGGAACGCGGACCCGGAGGCACCGGAAUGCAAACAAAGCUCGCGGGCGCCCGUGCAGGGCUCUCGACGGAGCCCGGAAAGUUUGUUUUAUGAUGGCUUGAGAGCGCGAGUGAGUCGGACGAGGAGGAUCGAGUGGCUCGCUCCCGCGCUCGGAGAGAUGCUUGUCCCGUGAGCCCGCCGCGCCGGGGGCUCGUGCUGUGGGGGCACCUGUCUCUCGUUUUAGCAGUUUAUUUGUUUUUUUUUUUUUUUCCCCUUUUGAGGAGGGGCUGUAACUCAUCAUGUCGAAAGUGAUCCAGAAGAAGAACCACUGGACUGGCCGCGUUCACGAGUGCACCGUGAAGCGGGGACCCCAGGGCGAGCUGGGAGUGACGGUGCUGGGGGGCGCGGAGCACGGGGAGUUUCUGUACGUGGGGGCGGUGGCGGCAGCCGAGGUGGCGGUGCUUCCCGGCUGCGGCGAGGGCCCGAAGCUAGCCGAAGGUGAGCUGCUGUUGGAGGUGCAGGGGGUCCGGGUGUCCGGCUUGCCCCGCUAUGACGUGCUGGGAGUCAUCGACAGCUGCAAGGAGGCCGUCACCUUCAGAGCCGUCAGACAAGGAGGACGGCUCAACAAGGACCUGCGACACUUCCUCAACCAGCGGUUCCAGAAGGGGUCUCCGGAUCAUGAGCUCCAGCAGACCAUAAGGGACAACCUCUACCGCCAUGCCGUGCCUUGCACAACCCGAUCUCCCAGAGAAGGAGAAGUGCCUGGCGUGGAUUACAGCUUUCUGACUGUGAAAGAGUUCUUGGACCUCGAGCAGAGCGGGACCCUGCUGGAAGUCGGCACCUAUGAAGGAAACUAUUAUGGGACACCCAAACCUCCCAGCCAGCCAGUCAGUGGGAAAGUGACCACGACGGAUGCCUUGCACAGCCUUCAGUCCGGCUCCAAGCAGUCGACCCCUAAGCGAACAAAGUCCUACAAUGAUAUGCAAAAUGCUGGCAUAGUCCACACGGAGAAUGAGGAGGAGGAUGAUGUUCCUGAAAUGAACAGUAGCUUUACAGCCGAUUCUGGAGACCAGGACGAGCACACUCUCCAAGAAGCAACGCUCCCGCCUGUGAAUAGUAGCAUCCUCGCCGCUCCCAUCACGGACCCUUCUCAGAAGUUCCCUCAGUACCUACCUCUUUCUGCAGAGGAUAACUUAGGUCCUCUACCUGAAAACUGGGAGAUGGCCUAUACCGAAAAUGGAGAAGUCUAUUUUAUAGACCAUAACACAAAGACAACAUCAUGGUUAGACCCUCGGUGCCUGAAUAAACAGCAGAAGCCUCUGGAAGAAUGUGAAGAUGAUGAAGAAGGGGUACACACCGAGGAGCUGGACAGUGAACUAGAGCUGCCUGCCGGCUGGGAGAAGAUUGAAGACCCUGUUUACGGUGUCUACUAUGUAGACCACAUCAACAGGAAGACGCAAUAUGAAAACCCAGUCCUAGAAGCCAAAAGGAAGAAACAGCUUGAGCAGCAGCAGCAGCAGCAACAACAGCAGCAGCAGCAGCAGCAGCAGCAGCAGCAGCCUCAGCCACCACAGCCAGAAGAAUGGACAGAAGAUCAUGCAUCCCUUGUGCCCCCUGUUGCUCCUUCCCAUCCCCAGAGCAAUUCGGAGCCAGCCAGGGAAGCUCCACUUCAGGGCAAACCUUUUUUUACAAGAAACCCUUCUGAGCUGAAAGGCAAGUUCAUUCACACGAAGCUACGGAAAAGCAGUCGUGGCUUUGGCUUCACGGUGGUUGGAGGGGAUGAACCGGAUGAGUUCCUGCAGAUCAAGAGCCUGGUCCUAGAUGGUCCUGCUGCCCUGGAUGGCAAGAUGGAGACAGGGGAUGUAAUUGUCAGCGUGAAUGACACCUGUGUUUUGGGACACACACAUGCUCAAGUUGUAAAAAUCUUCCAGUCCAUUCCUAUUGGUGCCAGUGUGGACCUUGAACUCUGCAGAGGUUAUCCAUUGCCUUUUGACCCGGAUGACCCUAAUACAAGUUUAGUGACCUCGGUGGCCAUUUUGGACAAAGAACCAAUUAUUGUGAAUGGACAAGAGACGUAUGAUUCACCAGCAAGCCACAGUAGUAAAACGGGCAAAGUCAGCAGCAUGAAGGAGGCCAGACCAAGCAGCCCUGCAGACGUGGCUUCCAACAGUUCCCAUGGUUAUCCCAACGACACGGUCUCUUUGGCUUCCUCCAUAGCCACGCAGCCAGAGCUGAUAACUGUGCACAUAGUCAAAGGGCCAAUGGGCUUUGGCUUCACGAUUGCAGAUAGUCCCGGUGGGGGCGGCCAAAGAGUGAAGCAGAUUGUUGACAGUCCCCGCUGCCGAGGCCUCAAAGAAGGGGAUCUUAUUGUGGAAGUGAAUAAGAAGAACGUGCAGGCUCUGACGCACAACCAAGUCGUGGAUAUGCUGAUUGAGUGUCCAAAGGGAAGUGAGGUCACGCUGUUGGUGCAGCGAGGAGGGCUACCAGUUCCCAAGAAGAGUCCAAAGUCGCAGCCACUGGAGAGGAAAGACAGCCAGAACAGCUCCCAGCACAGUGUCUCCAGCCACCGGAGCCUGCACACGGCAUCCCCGAGUCACAGCACACAGGUGCUCCCCGAGUACCCACCCGCAGACGCCCCUGCUCCAGAUCAGACCGACAGCUCUGGGCAGAAAAAACCAGAUCCUUUUAAAAUCUGGGCCCAGUCCAGGAGCAUGUAUGAAAACCGACCCAUGUCGCCUUCGCCUGCAUCAGGACUGAGCAAGGGUGAAAGAGACAGAGAGAUCAGUUCCACGAGUUUUGGAGAAUGUCAGAUUCCAGAUUAUCAGGAACAGGACAUCUUCCUCUGGAGAAAAGAGACCGGAUUUGGAUUUAGGAUUCUGGGUGGAAAUGAGCCAGGGGAACCUAUUUAUAUCGGUCACAUCGUACCACUGGGUGCUGCUGACACAGACGGCCGCCUGAGGUCUGGAGAUGAAUUAAUCUGUGUGGAUGGGACACCAGUAAUUGGAAAAUCACACCAGCUUGUGGUCCAGCUUAUGCAACAGGCUGCCAAGCAAGGCCAUGUCAAUCUCACAGUGAGGCGCAAAGUGGUGUUUGCUGUCCCCAAAGCAGAGAAUGAGGUGCCCUCUCCAGCUUCAUCGCACCACAGUAGCAACCAGCCGGCCUCUCUGACGGAAGAGAAGCGCACGCCACAGGGCAGCCAGAACUCGCUGAACACGGUGAGCUCGGGCAGCGGCAGCACCAGCGGCAUCGGCAGCGGCGGCGGCGGGGGCAGCGGCGUGGUCAGUGCGGUGCUGCAGCCCUAUGACGUGGAGAUUCGCCGCGGGGAGAACGAGGGCUUUGGGUUCGUCAUCGUGUCCUCCGUGAGCAGGCCUGAAGCGGGCACAACCUUUGCAGGCAAUGCAUGUGUGGCUAUGCCUCACAAAAUAGGUCGGAUUAUUGAGGGGAGCCCUGCUGACCGCUGUGGCAAGCUGAAAGUAGGAGACCGGAUCUUGGCAGUAAAUGGAUGUUCCAUCACCAACAAAUCCCAUUCUGACAUUGUCAACCUAAUCAAAGAAGCGGGCAACACAGUGACCCUCCGGAUCAUCCCCGGGGAUGAGUCCUCAAAUGCCACACUGCUGACCAAUGCUGAGAAGAUCGCCACCAUCACCACUACUCAUGCCCCUUCUCAGCAGGGGACCCAGGAAACCAGGAAUACCACCAAACCAAAGCAGGAUUCUCAGUUUGAGUUCAAGGGACCACAGACUGCACAGGAGCAAGAUUUUUACACUGUGGAACUGGAAAGAGGAGCCAAGGGAUUUGGCUUUAGUCUUCGAGGGGGACGAGAGUAUAAUAUGGACCUCUAUGUUCUGCGCUUAGCAGAGGAUGGUCCUGCAGAAAGAUGUGGAAAGAUGAGGAUUGGUGACGAAAUUCUAGAGAUCAAUGGUGAGACCACCAAAAACAUGAAACAUUCUCGGGCCAUAGAACUGAUAAAGAAUGGUGGCCGCAGAGUUCGUCUGUUUCUGAGGCGGGGAGACGGCUCAGUCCCAGAAUAUGCGAUGAUACCUCCUAAUAUCGCUGCAUGUAUGAGAAAUGAAAAGCUCGGGGAGGCUUGCUUCUACCUUAUGGGCCAUAAUCAAACUACGACCCCAGCAGCGACCGGAACGGCCCCUCCACCGGUGCACAAGGUGUUCCGGAAGUGAGGCCCGGGCCGCCAGACCGCAGACCGCAUCCGGCCUUGGAGUCCAGUUACCCACCCGAUCUUCACAACUCAUCACAACAUGGGGAAAAGCGGGCACACGCGAAGGAUCCAAAAGGCAGCAGGGAGCACAGCAGACAACCCAACGAACACCACACCUGGAACGGAACUUCUAGAAAACCCGACAGUGGGGCAUGCCGGCCCAAAGACCGGCCACCCGAUGCAUGGAGAGACGCACAGCCGGAGCGGACAGCCACCAAUGGCCCCAAGAAGAGGUCUCCGGAGAAGCGCCGGGAAGGCACCCGCAGCGCUGACAACACUUUGGAAAGGAGGGAGAGGCAUGAGAAGAGGAGGGAGGUGUCCCCUGAGAGGAAGCGAGAGCGGUCACCCACCCGGAGAAGAGACAGCUCCCCCAGCCGCCGGCGGAGGUCCCUCGAAAGACUCCUGGAUCAGAGACGGUCCCCAGAGCGCAGAAGAGGGGGCUCGCCUGAGAGGAGAGCCAAGUCCACCGACAGGAGGAGGGCCAGGUCCCCGGAGCGCAGGCGAGAGCGGUCUCUGGACAAAAGGAACCGGGAUGACAAAGUUGGCCACCGAGAAAAGGAGGAGGCUGGUCUGAAGGCUGAUGCCGGGAGAAGCCCCAGAAAUCCCCCGGAGCAGAGAAGGCGGCCUUAUAAAGAAUGUAGCACCGACCUCAGCAUCUGAGACUCUGAGUCACAUUGCAACCUUUACCGUGUCAAAGGUUCUAAGAGGGAGGUCGCAAACAUGAAAUAGUUUAGUUUCUUACCUGAGGCAGCAUCUGACACCUGACAGACCUAUGAAUAGUAAUGGACAUUUUAUGCAUUUGAAAUCUUAUAAGAAAAAAAUAUAUAUGAAAAGUCUUGUGCCUGAUGUAUAAUAUUAAAGAAAGUAUUUUUAAAUGCAUACUUUUUUUUUUUUUUUUUUUAAAAUCAUUUGCCAAAAUAAUGGCCCAAAGGGAUGUACAUUUUGUUUCUUCACAAGCUAUAGAAUUGUUGAGAAUUGUUUCCUCUUUGGGGCAAGAUCUUUCUCUUCUAGAAAAUGGGGCUGUUGGUCAUGUCCUCAAAGUAAAUGCAAUUAAAUCUAACUCAGUAUAAACUGUUAGAAGUGAUAUAGUGCUGUAUUGUAAACCCUUGUUUUUCAGAAAAGCAGAACACAAAAAGUAAAGUUCUACUUGUACAAACUGAGGACCUUUUAGGAUGGAUUAGGGUGGUCAGGCUGUGUGACAGAAUACUACUGCAAAUGAAGGAUAUUUAUGACUACAGUGCACAGCGCUCAGAAAUUUUAUGAUCUUGAGUUACAGUUGGUUCAAAGAAUGGUUUGUGCUCUCCCUGGCCCAGGAAGGUGCAGAAACAAGAAGCUUGGCUGCCAUUAACCAAAUACAGCCUUAGCUCUGAUGGUCAGGUUCAUCAGCUCCACCACAGAAUACAUCUCACUUACAGCAGUGCCCGCCACAGCUUGUCAUCCUCUAGAAGGAACAGACAAGCUGCUUCUGGGUUGUCUGGUCCAAUAUGAAGCUGAGGAAAUGGAAUGUAGGACCUUAUGCUUAUGGGAUGAGGGAGGUGUAAAUGUCUCCAACAUGGAAAGGUUUAGCAUAAUCUCAUGGAGCAGAGGAGUGGACGUUGGUGGAAGAACCCUCUCUCAUGAUAUUUAAAAAGCAUUGGGGCUGCUUAUUCCCUUCAUAGCUGACUAUGCACUUUGAAAGCGCAAUCCAAGUCUGAAGGACGGAAGGGCAAGGAAGAAACUGGGAAACCUCCAUCCCCAUGACCCUGUUCUUUAUUUGGGGGGACAGCAAAAUAAAAUGUAAUGGUUUUCUUUCUAAGAUAGACCCAUUUUCUGAACCCUCAGGAGGUGUGGCUGGGUCAGCUGUAGCCCUGAGAAGUGGUUUAAGUGGAUUACUGCCUAGCUGAGCCAAAGUGUUUGCUUGGACCUGUUGGACCGACCGCUGCAGCAGAGCACUGCUGACAGUGCGUUUGUAUCUCUGUAGUACUGUUUCACAUUUCCCAUUCAGACACAAAAACUUUGCAAGUCAAUCACUGUUGUUCCCAUGGUACUGUAUUAGGGGAGGGGAGAAAAAAGAAAAAAAAAAACCAGCCAAUCAUUGUAUGUAGAGUUUAAAAUUGUAAUUAAUAGAGCCUGUUGGAAAAAAAAUUAAACAACUGUUGCCUUUUUUUGUAUAAAAGAGAA